ACUCAGAUCCAUUUUCUUCUUCUCCUUCAUCUUUUCAUCUCUCUCUCUCUCUCUCUCUUCCCAAGCUGUGUUCGGAAUCAGUGACGGAAACUACUAAGAUUCACGAGCUACCUGAGGUUUGCAGUCACACAUAAUAUAAUAGCUUCUUUAGUAGUUAUGAUGGAUUUAUUGAUCUUUGGAGUCUCAAUUUUGGGAGGAAGUUAUUAAUACACAAUUCAUUACGUGGCUGAAAAUUUAUUGCUGUAAAUACAUUGAACCACUGAAGUCUGUUGAUGUGUGUGAUCUAUCCCCCACACUAAUUCCGAAAUAACGUUACAACCCUUUGCGUUGGGAUUGACCUUUUGGUCUGUUUUCUUGGACCUAAAGAAUAUUGGAGUAGAAGUUCCUGUACUUGUUAAGAAUCUAGCCUUUUAUUUGAAUAUGGCUGAUGCUACACAUAUAGAUAUUCCUACGGAACAAGUGAACGGUCAAACCGCAAAAUGCACACAUCCUGAACAAAAUAUGUUAGAACAGGUGAAAGAAACUGAACCAUCAGAACAUAUACAUAUUAGUGAAGCUCAAACUGUAGAAAAUUUACGACAGGAAAGCAGCAUAGCUGCAACCCACGUUUUUUGUGAACAGCUACAACCAGUUUCUGAUAGUGUGGCCAAAAAUUCUCUUCCUGAAGCACCAGGACAACAAAAUGAGCCACUAGAACCCAUUGCAGCAGUAGGCAUGUGUUCUACUAAUAAACACCCAGAAUCAUCACCUCGAAAUUUGACCAAUGAUUCUCUUUGCAAUAGCAAGGAAUUGGAACUGCCUCAGAAAGACGCUGGCGCGAAUGGUCAGACUGAAAAAAUUUCUUUCCCAAAGGAAGCAGCCGCGGAAGUGAAACAUGGAUGUGGUUCUGGUAAUCUAUGUGCUGAACAAGCGGGGACAAAGAAUGAUGUAGACUCCAACUUACAAAAUGAAAUCAGGAAAACUGACAUCACAGUAUCCAGCUUUGUUUUUACUCAAAAAUUGGAAAUCGUUUCUGAAAAGAGGAGCUUGAUUUCUGGUGGAAAUUUGGCUGUGCCUUCUGAAGAUGUGGUCAGACAUUGUCAGACAGAAAACAGUUCAUGUCCUCAACAAAGUACUUUGGGGCAGAUCAAGGACUUUGAUUGUGGAUGUCUACUUGGUGAGACACCUAAACAAGAAGACCACCUUGGUACUGAACUUGUUCAAAAUGUUCUGGUUGAAACUAGGAUUGCAGCAUCUAAUGGUAUUGUUAGCGAACAUUUGGAACCUCCAGUUGGAGAUGGAAGUGAUAGCUAUAUUGAUAAACAAGUAGAACAACCAUCUGAAGAUGUGUCCAAAAGUUCUAGUCUUGAGCAACUUGAAACUUCCUCUAAAAGUUUAGUAAAUAAACCCUCCCAAUUGGGACGUAAGGAUAAACAGACGUCAAAAUCAAGAAAGAAACAAUAUAUGUUGAGAUCUUUGGUACACAGUGAUAGAGUUUUACGCUCAAGGACCCAAGAGAAACUUAAAUCUCAUGAAUUGAGUAAUACUUUGAGUAAUAUUGGCAAUGGGGUGGAGAAGAGAAUGAAGGAAAGAAAAAAGAGAAGAGGAACGAGAGUCAUAGCCGACGAGUUUUCGAGAAUAAGAAAACGCCUAAAAUAUUUUUUCAACCGAAUACACUAUGAGCAAAACUUGAUCGAUGCGUAUUCUAGUGAAGGAUGGAAAGGAACCAGCCUUGAAAAACUUAAACCAGAGAAAGAGCUUCAACGUGCUAAAUCUGAAAUAUUCCGGCGUAAGUUGAAAAUAAGAGAUUUAUUUCAACAGCUUGACUCACUUUGUGCAGAAGGAAGAUUUCCAAAAUCUUUGUUCGAUUCUGAAGGGCAGAUUGACAGUGAGGAUAUAUUCUGUGCAAAAUGUGGGUCCAAAGACAUGUCUGCAAAUAAUGAUAUUAUACUCUGUGAUGGUGCUUGUGAUCGUGGGUUCCACCAAUUCUGUUUGGAACCACCAUUGUUGAGCGAAGACAUCCCCCCUGAUGACGAGGGUUGGUUAUGCCCUGGAUGUGACUGCAAAGUUGAUUGCUUUGAUUUGCUUAAUGACUCUUAUGGAACAAAUCUUUCAGUAACUGACAGCUGGGAGAAGGUUUUUCCAGAGGCUGCUGCAGCAGCAAGAGAAGGAAAAGAUCAGGAUCACAACCUUGAAUUUCCGUCUGAUGAUUCUGAGGAUGAUGAUUACGACCCGUAUGGUCCAGAAAUUGUUGAGAAGGUUGAGGGAGAUGAAUCAAGUUCUGAUGAAUCUGAGUACACAUCUGCUUGUGAUGAACUUGAGGGUGAGGCUCCGCCUAAAGAUGAACAGUAUUUUGGUCUGUCGUCUGAUGAUUCAGAGGACAAUGACUUUGAUCCCGAUGAUCAAGAUGUUGAUGAAAAUGCCAAGCAGGAAAGUUCAAGUUCUGAUUUUACUUCCGACUCUGAGGAUCUGGCCUUUACACUUGAUGAAGGUCAAAUUGCUGAAAAAGAUGAAGUUUCAUCAUUGGAUCCCACGAGGUCUCUUGGAAAUGCUGUUAUGCAAAGUUCUAAACGUGGUGGAAAUAAGUCAUCUAUAAAGGAUGAGCUUUUAGAUAUACUAGAGUCAGGUACCGGCCAAGAUGGUUCUCCGCCUAUUUCAGGAAAAAGACAUGUGGAAAGGUUGGACUACAAAAGGCUGCAUGAUGAGACGUAUGGACAUCUCCCUUCUGAUUCAAGUGAUGAUGAAGAUUGGACUGAUUAUGCCGCACCAAGAAAAAGGAAGAGAACUACUGGACAAGUUUCUUCAGUGUCGCCAAAUGAAAACGCUUCAAUCAUUAAGAAUCAGACAACUACGGAUGCUGCAAAUAAUGACCUUGAAGACAAUGAAUAUGUACCUAGGAGAAGAUCACGCCAAAAUUCUGUAGUAACAGAUGAAAAUAAUAUACCAAAUAAAUUACUUCAAGGUUCUCCUAAAUCUGGUUCUACAGGUAGAAGACGUGAAUUGUCAACAAACAGGAGACUUGGUGAAGCUGUAACUCAGAGACUUUAUCAAUCCUUCAAGGAAAAUCAAUAUCUGGACCGAGCUACAAAAGAAAGUUUGGCUCAAGAGCUGGGACUCACUUCUUACCAGGUUAGCAAAUGGUUUGAAAAUGCAAGGUGGAGUUACCGACAUUCAUCAUCUAAAAAACCUGGGAUAAGCGAACAUGCUUCGAAGGAGAGCACACUUUCACCUCAAACAAACAAGAAACUUUUUGAAACGGAACUAAACACAAGCAUUACAAAUUCUACUUGCAACGGAGCUCUGAACAAUGAAUUACCCAGAACAGGUAACGCCAUGCCAGAGAGCUGCAGCGGGGAUGUGGGUGACGGCAAAGUGGAAAUGCCCACUAAAGAGAGCAGUGGCCAAACGUCCACAACCCCAGGCUCUAGAAAAACGGGUAGGCCAUGGAAAGUUGAGAGACCAGAAACCCCUCCUGUGGUAGACACUCACGAAACGGGUGGUAGAAAAAGGGGAAGGCACCGAGAAUCUGCUUCGUGAUGAUUCGUAAUUUUUGAUCCUAAGUAGAGUGAUUUUGACAGAGAGAGAGAGAUAAUAUGUACCUGGGGUAUAAGUUGCAGGUGGUAGUUCAAAAACGAACUAAAUUGCUUUUAUGCCAUUACUCUCCUGCAACUGUAAAUGUCUCCCCAGUUGUUCCUCUUUCGGGUAAGAUGCUUUAAGUUGCCGCUUGCACAAAAAGGUGUAUGUGGGUUUUCUGUAAAUGUGGCAUUCUAUCUAUCCCAAAAUUCCUUGGUUCUUACCCCGCAAGCAAACUCGCUUCUUGGAACUUUCUUUCUUGUUCUACGCAUGGCUUCAUUUUUUUUCCUCUUUAAAUGGGGGUGCAACUGUAACCUUAGACCGUAAGACCAUAGGAAUAUAUGGAGUGGGCUAGAAGAAGCGUUUUCUAUUAACCAUCUGAGCAGAGAUAAAAACUUGCUGACGCGUUUGUGUACAAUGACUUCAA